AUGGACCUACGACCUUACAAAAGAGUUGAAGAGACAAAUAAGAAAAUGAAAAGAGUUGAAGAUCAGAGCCGAAUCAGUAAGUUGCCCGAUUCUCUUCUUAUUCUAAUUCUCUCACUUUUGCCAACAAAAGAUGCCUUCACAACAUCUGUUCUCUCGAAAAGGUGGGAGCAUUUAUGGCCUUCAAUUGAUAGCUUCUUUUUCUCUUGUAAAGAUAAAUCGCAAAGGAAAAACUUCAUAUCCUUCGUCGAUUACGUAUUAGAUCAUUCUACUUGUUCAAAAAUUAAAAACUUCCAUUUGAAUUUCACCCACCUAUCCAAAUACGAGCAACGAGUCGGUUUUGUUGAUGACAUUGUAGAUUUCACAAUUAGCCGAUGGGUUCCUACUAAUGAGAUUCAUAUGAGAAUGACUUCCUUGAUAACAUUAGAUCUCACUUGUUGUAUACUUGACAAGGAAGUCGUCAUAGAGUGGAAGUCUUUAAAGACCCUACGGUUGAAUGACAUAACCUUAGAUGAUGACGGAAUUGUAAACAUACUCUCCGGUUGUCCUGCUUUGGAAAUCCUUGAAUUUCUUGAAUUCUCCGGAUUCCGUCAUAUGGAAAUUAGUUCUUCAAAUUUAAAGAGGCUUAAGUUCGAAAAUCAUUUGUCGUACUAUAACUCUGAUGAUCUCUCUUUGGAUAUUUUUACCCCACAUGUUCAACAUUUGGAGAUCUCUAGAUAUAUGUAUGAUCUCAAGUGUAGGCUAGUAAAUGUAUCAUCUCUAGUCAGUGCGAAGCUUACUUUCCAAAUGAACUGGACUUGGUUUGAUCAAGGUCCUGAUGAGCAUCAAGUUAUAAAGAUACUCAUCGAAGAUUAUCUUCAAAAGUUGAGGAAUGCAACUGAGUUAACUUUUGGGACUUGCUUCAUCGAGGAUAUUGUUACUACGUUAUCUGCAUCACCUAAUCCAGGUGUUAGUAAUGGACAAGUCAGAGUAGUAUUGCUCUUUACACCGUGUCAAUCAAACCACAUAUCCGAUUAUCCUUCGCUUUCACAGCCACAAAAGUCACAUCCUCUUAUUGGCAUCUUUGAUUGGGUCAUUCGCCUCAGAAGCUCUUAG